GAGCAUCACAGCCAGCCUUGAGGCUUGCAGACUUGGUGGCCUUCCACUCUUAUACCUCACCCCACGUGCAAGAGGAGCAUCAGGCAGAAGAUGAGUCCUUCUCCAAAAAAAAUCAAAACCAAUCAUUCAGCCGAAACAUCUACCCAUCAGUUACUGAAUGCAGAUGCUGACACAUCAAAGGAACAUGAGAACACGGUGGUGGACAACAGCCUCUGUAGGCAGUAUGAAGAGAAGGUGCGGCCGUGCAUAGACCUCAUCGACUCCCUGCGGGCCCUGGGCGUGGAGAAGGACCUGGCCCUGCCCGCCAUUGCCGUCAUCGGGGACCAGAGCUCUGGCAAGAGCUCUGUGCUGGAGGCCCUGUCGGGAGUGGCCCUGCCCAGGGGCAGUGGCAUCGUGACCAGGUGCCCUCUGGUGCUGCGGCUGAAGAAGCUGGGGCAGGAGGAGGCGUGGAGGGCCAAGAUCAGCUACCAGGGCAAGGAAGUGGAGAUCACAGAUGCUUCCUGUGUGGAAAAAGAAAUCAACAAAGCCCAGAUGCUCAUUGCGGGGCAAGGGCUGGGCAUCAGCGCUGAGCUCAUCAGUCUGGAGGUCAGCUCCCCACACGUCCCUGACCUGACUCUGAUCGACCUUCCCGGCAUCACCAGGGUGGCCGUGGGCGAUCAGCCUGCUGACAUCGGUUACCAGAUCAAGCGACUCAUCCUGAAAUACAUCCAGAAGCAGGAGACCAUCAACUUGGUGGUGGUCCCCUGCAACGUGGACAUCGCCACCACGGAGGCGCUGAGCAUGGCCCAGGAAGUGGACCCAGAUGGAGACAGAACCAUAGGCAUCCUGACCAAGCCCGACCUGGUAGACAAAGGGACGGAAGACAAGGUGGUGGAUGUGGUGCACAACCUGGUGUGCAACCUGAAGAAGGGCUACAUGAUCGUCAAGUGCCGGGGUCAGCAGGACAUCCAGCAGCGGCUGAGCCUGUCCGAGGCCCUGCAGAAGGAGCGAGCCUUCUUUGAGGACCACCCCCAAUUCAGGGUUCUGCUGGAGGAUGGGAAGGCCACGGUGCCCUGCCUGGCAGAAAGGCUGACCUCUGAGCUCAUCACUCACAUCUGUAAAUCGCUGCCAACAUUGGAAAACCAAAUAAAGGAGAGUCAUGAAAGAAUAACAGAGGAAUUACAAAAGUAUGGCAUGGACAUACCAGAUGAUGAUAAUGAAAAAACAUUCUAUCUAAUAGAAAAAAUCAAUGCAUUUAACCAGGACAUCACUGCUUUGAUGCAAGGAGAGGAAAAUGUGAAGGAUAAUGAGACGCGGCUAUUUACCCAACUCCGAAAACAGUUCCAAGCAUGGAGUGCUAAGAUAGAAAGUAAUUUCAAAAAAGGUUUUGUCACUUUGCAUGAUGAAAUCUGGAAAAUUGAAUGGCAGUACCGAGGCAGAGAGCUGCCUGGAUUUGUGAAUUAUAAGAUGUUCGAGACAAUCUUAAAACAGGAGAUAAAAGCCCUGGAGGAGCCAGCUGUGGACAUGCUGCACAGCGUCACUGAUUUGGUCCGACUGGCCUUCACAAAGGUUUCUGAACAAACUUUCGACAAGUUUUUCAACCUCCACCGAACUACCAAGAACAAAAUUGAAGACAUCAGAUCAGAGCAAGAAAAAGCUGCUGAGGAGUCCAUUCGACUCCACUUCCAGAUGGAGCAGAUUGUCUACUGCCAGGACCAGGUGUACAGAACAACGCUGACCAAAGUCAGAGAGGAGGAGGAGAAAGAGAAGGAGAAACAAAAGAAAUUACUGCACUUUAACAAACAGCAGUCCGAAGCAUCCAUGGCAGAAAUCUUGCAGCACCUGAGCGCCUACCAUCAGGAGGUCCACAGCCGCAUGUCCAGCCACAUCCCGCUGAUCAUCCAGUACUUCGUCCUGCAGACGUUCGGCCAGCAGCUGCAGAAGGCCAUGCUGCUGCUCCUGCAGGACAAGGAGGCCUGCGGCUGGCUUCUGAAGGAGCGCAGAGACACCAGCGAGAAGAGGAAGUUCCUGAGGGAACGGCUGGCAAGGCUGGCACAGGCUCGCUGCCUGCUCUCCAAAUUCCCUGGUUAAGCGGGCACUGUCCAUCCCCAGGGGUCCUCAGCAGGACUCCAGGGCGAGGAGACUGCCUGACUCUCCUGAUGGCAGCGCCAUGAUAAUCAGCAG